UCUCCGCUUCCUCUUUGGUGCGCGAGGAGGCAGAAGCCGCGUCACCUGCGCGCGGGGUAGAGCUGGGAGCGCGCGGACCCGCCCUCCCCGCCGCCAUUUCUGAGUCGGGCUGUGUGAGGCAGGCAGGCGGAUUCCUGUAUCAACAGGGUGAAGUGGGGGAGCCGCGAAAACGUACCUGAGUAAGGGCCUACCCGCGUUCGUCCGUUUUGUGUGGGGUUUUUUUUUUGUUUUAAAAAAAAAUCCGAAAGCGUCGAGAUCCGCUGCCGAGUGGGGGGGGAUUGGUGACACCCGAGAGGCUGGAGACGGGCUGUUCUGCAGCACAAUUCAUUUUGCUUUUCGGGAGACGUGCGCGAAGGCCGCCAUUUUCGUCAGCCUGCUUUUGGAAACUCUGUACCGGAGUCGAAAGAGAGAGACAGAGAGAGACCCCCCCAGCCUUGUUGUUCCCCCACCCUCCCUCCGUCUCGGGAGCUGAUUAUUGCCGGCAAAUCUGCGGGGUUGAGCCGGGGCCGUAGUCGUAACGCCGUUGAGCAAGAUGGGGGACAGUUCGGUACAAUAAUAUUUCCCGUUAGUUCAACGGACUGGCAGCGGCGGCUGAAGAACAUUGUUUCGGCAGAUGGUUGAGCGCUUCUUAAAGAGCUGCCAGAAAGCGGGCGCUCCUUCCUGCUGCUUGGGCCCUUUUCUAGGUCGUUGACAUAGCGGGCGGUGGAAAAAGGCGGCAUUAUAAUGUGUCCAAGUCGGCCUCGUAGCUAGAGCUCUCUUGUGAAACGUCAGGGAGGAAAUCGGCGUUGCCGGUCGGGGCUGCCAUCGUUUUAAAACUUCGUGCCGCGAUCGGGGUGGGUGAAAACUCGCCCUUGAGCUCUCAACAAAACUAGGCGUUUCCAACCCACCCCCCCCAAAAAAAAAACGGACGUUUUUUAUUGAUUUUUUUUGUUCUUAAUCAUUUGGAUCCCGUCUCGAGUCCGCCCCGCCAUGUCCAACGCGCGGUUCGACCCCUCGGACCGGUCCAGUUGGUAUUUCGGGCCGGUGUCGCGGCAGGAGGCGCAGAACAGACUGCAGGGGCAGAGGCACGGCAUGUUCCUGGUGCGGGACUCCUCGACGUGCCCGGGGGACUACGUGCUGUCGGUGUCCGAGAACUCCAAGGUGUCCCACUACAUCAUCAACUCGCUGCCCAACAAGAAGUUCAAGAUCGGCGACCAGGAGUUCGAGCACCUGCCGGCCCUGCUGGAGUUUUACAAAAUCCAUUACCUGGACACCACGACGCUGAUCGAGCCGGCUCCGAGAUACCCAAAUCCGUCUGUUGGGACCAGUCCCGCGCCCGUGGGACAGCCCGAGGAGAAUCUGGAGUAUGUUCGGACUCUGUAUGACUUCACCGGGAGCGAUGCCGAGGACUUGCCCUUCAAGAAGGGGGAGAUCUUGGUUAUCUUGGAGAAACCCGAGGAGCAGUGGUGGAGCGCCAGGAACAAGGAGGGACGAGUGGGCAUGAUCCCUGUGCCUUACGUAGAGAAGCUGGUUAGACCAUCGCCACAUCAGCACCAGUUCCAUGGCAACAGGAAUUCAAACAGCUAUGGCAUCCCUGAGCCUGCCCACGCCUACGCCCAGCCUCAGACACCCUCCCCUCUCCCCCCUACCACCCCAGGCGCAGUCAUCAACCCCUUGCCCUCCACACAGAAUGGACCUGUAAUGGCUAAAGCCAUCCAGAAACGUGUGCCUUGUGCUUAUGACAAGACUGCCCUGGCACUAGAGGUCGGCGAUAUUGUAAAAGUGACAAGGAUGAACAUUAGUGGCCAGUGGGAAGGAGAGGUGAAUGGUCGGAGAGGCCUGUUUCCUUUCACUCACGUCAAAAUAAUUGAUCCCCAGAACCCAGAAGAAAACGAAUGAUGAGUGCAGUUUUUGCAUCUUUGCCACCUCCAUUCGUCCGUCCUGCUAUCAUCGGCAUCAUGUUUGGUGCGCUGCUUCAAUGAGCUUAAUCUGCCAGACCGUGUUGCAGUCAACGAAGAAAUAAUUUAAUCUGCAGCAGUUGUUGGAGUUUGCUUCUGACUGUUUUAAACUCUGCCUGUAAACUGCCAUUAACCCCUCUCCUGUUAUUGGGAAUUGUUUUAAUAUGUCUCUUUCUUUUUUAUCACCUCCCCCCACCCCUUUGGACUGUAGGCCAUCUAAUACUGAGCCAUUAAGUGAGAUGUAUACUGUCACUCUGAAAUUAUGACUAGAUUUUUUUUUCUUUUCAUGUUUGGAGUUUAAAGCUGCUUUAACUGUUUGCAAGCCAAAUGUGUUAUUUCAGCUCUGUGUCAAAAGACUGGAAGGGGUUAUUGAAUUCAAGAAGACUUAAGCAACACAGGUGGAGAAGAGAACGAGAGGCUAUGAAAAUUCUGAAAGGAAGUUGCUACUGUGCUGUCAAAGCCAAUUGUUCACAUUUUUACCUUAAAUAUAGUGGAAGGUUGCUGCCUUUAUUUUAGAAUAAUUGAAAUAUGUGAAGUUUGAGUGUUUAACUGUGUGACCUGAAAUGUCUUUAGCUUAAAAGGAUAAGGGGAAAGAAAAAUAAUUUAAAGUAAAAACUAAUUUGUCUAAGUAUAGAGCAGAAGCAGCAGCAAGAACAUGAGACCUAUUUCAAGGUGUUCUCUCUCUAGUCUUUUUUUUAACAAAGACCACUUUGGCCUCAGUUCUUAGAAUGAAGCUGGUGUUGAGACCUUUUCAGAGAAAGUUUGACAGGCUGUAUUUUGUUGGGAGUCAACUGUACAUUAGUUCUAGCCCUUUUUUACCAUAGACAUGCUCAAAUAAUAGCCACAGUUUAGAAAAAAAACGUUUUAGGUGCAAUAGAACUCUAAAACAGACGUAUUUAUUAGGCGCACUGUUUGUGACAAGCUUUGAAAGGGAAGGGUUUCCAGGUUUUAAGGGUGAGUGCUCUCUUGCAGUAGCCCUGUAUCAUUACUUACAAGUAAUCUAGGGGUAUAGGACAGGAAGCACGCUAAGCGGUCAGCUUACUGCUUUUCCUGAGAAUUUCGUUGGACAUCUUCAGAAUGUGGGCAUUAAGUCCUGUCACUUACAUGAUCUCAAUUGUUUCCCACCUAAGUUGUUCAAAUUAUCAGAAUACUACAGGGGCAGAAGGCAUACUUUGCACAUCUGCUGAGCAACACAUUUUGUUUUUUCUCUCCUUUUCAUUUAAGGCAUAAUUUAGAUAGCUGUAUCCGGUUAAAUCAAGGUUUCAUCGAUCUAUCACACCACUUGGAAAAACACCAAGAAUUUCCCCAUGGCACCUGAAAAUGUAAAAUAAAGAAUUCUAGGAGUAUCAGAAAGCAUGGUGGCUUACUGGUCUUAUUUCUACAUUUAAAAUAAAUCUGUAUUUCCCCUUUUAAUGCUUUGUGCUCUUGAAUCUCUCUAGCUUUGUUGUAGGCUGUUAGAAUACUGCAUAAAAGGCUGUUGCACAGAAAAAGUGUUCAUGCUGCUGCCUUUCAAUAGUGUCUUAUCCCAAACCCAGGUUCAGAGAUUAAUGGAGCUGAACUAUUGAUCUCGGACUUGUAAGAUUUCUUCUUAAAAAUCCGCUUUUGACCCGUGCAUUACAGAUUGUGGUGAAAUAAACUCUUGCGCAAACCUAAACUGAAAAAGAAAUAUAAAAGGGAAGAUGUCUGUCAGUGGCCUCUGUGCAUGAUAUCCUGACCUUGCAUUCGUUUAAGGAGAAGGUCAGAUGCUGCUUUGUUACCUAAUGUUUCUUCUAACCUAUUUUUUAUUGCAUCUCUGGAAUGGCCGUAUCUCUUCCUGUGUAAUGCUAAUGUUACCAGUGUGACCUCCAUUAUAACUCUUUGAUUGAGCAAUAUUUAGUAUUUUUCUAAAGGCAUUGAAUUUGCAGACAUUUUGCUCUAAUUAAAAUGGAGGUUGGUUUAACAUCUGUUUAAUUUUUAUGACAUUAACAGUAUUACAAUACUUUAUUCAUAUUUAGGAAGCAGAGUGUCCGUGUUUCUAUUUUAUUAAAAAAAAUGUGCCUUUUAUUUUCUUAUACCAUUUACACAUGUAAUAAGUCACAUGGUUAACAAGUGUUGGUAAAAGAAGCAUUAUGUACAGUGAAAGUAAAUAAAAUUUACUUCAACUUCUAGUAUUCAUUUAUCCAGGUUUCUUUUGAGCAUUUUUAAAACAUUCUGGUAUCUUAAAUUGUGAAAUGCAAAAUAAGAGCAAAAAGGGUUGGGUUUAGAUGUGAAUAUCAGGAGAAACCGUGCUCAUUCUACUGUGGUUUUCACUUUGUCCCAGAGAAGCAAGCAAUUAGUGCAUUUUAAUAAGGUUCUAUAACAGGAAUCAAUGAAGGAGCUCUGGGGGAAAUGGUUUAAGGCUGUUCUUGUCAUACUGCAUGUAGAAGCACUAAAAAAAGUUUCAACACAUGAAAAUCUUUAAAACCCAAGGGUUAAGACUUCAAAAAUGGGAGCAGUUGGAAUUUGGAAGAAGCAGUUGAAUUCUUACGAUGUUCUCAGUUCUUCCUUAAAUUCAUACUGCCUGCAGUGGACUGAAGAAAGUCAACUAGGUGACCAUUAGUUAUAUUGUUGGCAUUAUAAAACCACAUGCACCUGUGCUGGUUUUUGCAGUAUUUUUUUUUCUCCAAACAAUUGACAAUUGAUGACUUGCAUCUGUUGUCUUGGAUAAAAGCUCUUUUUUUUAACAAAGCAAGCACGAUGGCAAACAGUUGUUUUCCAUGUUAACUAAUAAUCGAGAGCCUCUCAAAACUUCCCAUUCAUGCUGCUCAAAGCCCAGUAUUUGUAAUGCAGACGGCACAUCUGAAAUUGUAUGUGUCCUGAUAUCAGGUGGUAAGAAUGAGCGGUUAGGAGAGGCGUUUCAUACCUUCACCAUGGAAUUUUACCACUGGUUCCUUGGAGCACGUAAUGCCUCAGAUUCAUUUGAACAUUUUCAUAGACAUCUGUUAAUGGUUGUUCCACAUACAGAAUACAAAGCUUUUGUGAGCUUCCAAUAAAACAACUUGCAAGA